GGGUCACUGAGUUGGUGCCGACCAGCGAUCCCCGUACACUAUCACGAUGGGACAAUUUCACAUUUUUACUGAAGCCAAUUUACCUACAAACCUGCACGUCUUUGUAGCUGUGGGAGGAAACCGAAGCACCUGGAGAAAACCCACACGGUCACAGGGAGAACGUACAAGCUCCCUACAGACAGCUCGGGUCAGGAUCAAACCUGGGUCUCUGGCGCUGCAAGUCAGCAACUCCACCGCUUCAACACUGUGCCGCCCCGUGUUAACUCUAUUUUUCUUUCCACAGAUGCUGCCUGUCCCACUGAGUGUUUCCAGCUUUUACUGCGUUUAUUACGGAUUUUCAAUAUCUUCUCCAGAACCAAAUUCAUCUUUUGCAUGAUACCUUAGCGAGGACACUUGCUUUAAAAUGUUUUUUAGUCUGGAAUACAUCUAGAGAAAGGGGUGGAAAUAAUCUACUACUCGGGCAGCAUCUGUGGGGAGAUCUGUGGCAUUUCAGGUCAAUGGUACUGAAACUAAAGAUGUAAAUCCAUAGGAAUUAGCACAGCCACUAAUGCCGAUCUUCUGAACUCUCCGCUCCCUCCCCUUUCACCUAUAUUCCUUCCUCUGGCUUCACAGUCUGCAUCUCCUCUAUCCUUAUCCCACAUUUUAUUAAUUUCAUAUCUGGCUUUGUCCAACCAUCUGGCCUGUAUCCACCUAUCACUUUGGCCUGCCCCUCCUCUCUUCCACCUUUCUUCCACGAUGAAUCUGAAACAUAGAAACAUAGAAAUUAGGUGCAGGAGUAGGCCAUUCGGCCCUUCGAGCCUGCACCGCCAUUCAAUAUGAUCAUGGCUGAUCAUCCAACUCAGUAUCCCGUACCUGCCUUCACUCCAUACCCUCUGAUCCCCUUAGCCACAAGGCCACAUCUAACUCCCUCUUAAAUAUAGCCAAUGAACUGGCCUCGACUACCCUCUGUGGCAGAGAGUUCCAGAGAUUCACCACUCUCUGUGUGAAAAAAGUUCUUCUCAUCUCAGUUUUAAAGGAUUUCCCCCUUAUCCUUAAGCUCUGAUCCCUUGUCCUUAAGAAGGGUCCCGACCCAAAACGUCACCUAACCAUAUUCUUCAGAGAUGCUGCCCGACGCACUGAGUUACUCCAGCGCUUUGUGUCUUUUUUUGUUAAACCAGCAUCUGCAUACUUCCCUGGCAGGGGAGAGACUGUCAUCAAAAAGGCGUUUCUCCCAGGACAAGGCUAUCCCAUUGCAAUUCGGGUGUGCUGAUGCCUGCGAUGUCCCCAAAUGCGGGAUACUCUACUGCAAAAUUUGCGGUAGUGGGGGACUGCGUUCGCGAAAAUGUUAAAAAAAUUAUAAAAAAUAAUUUAAAAAAAACAAAAACAAAAAAACAGCAUCUGCAGUUCUUUGUUACAACUCUGAUCCUGCUCCCAUCUCGGUGUUUAGGUGUAUAUUGAUUACUUUGGUUUAAGGCUGUACUUAUUUAUUGCAGGGAAUAAAUUCAAUGAAGAUGAGGCACAUGGGCUUGCAUCUUCUGAAGGUUUUAUUCAUUCUCGUGUCUCAUGUGGUUUGGGCGAAAGGCAUCUUGAAGAGCAAAUCCACCCUGAACAUAGCCGUGAUCCUCGGUGGCACGUCUUGCGAGAUGGACGUCAAGGACGUUUUGAACAAAGAUGACUUCCAACAUUUGUCCAUCGACCCCAACGUGGUACAGGUCUCGGUCAACGAGACCGACCCCAAGAGCAUCAUAACGCGCGUGUGCGACCUCAUGUCCGGGAUGAAGAUGCACGGCGUGGUGUUUGGCGACGACACCGAUCACGAAUCCAUUGCAGAAAUUUUGGAUUUUAUUUCCGCUCAGACUAUGAUCCCAAUCCUUGGAAUACACGGCGGCUCCUCGAUGAUAAUGGCAGACAAGGACGACUCAUCGAUGUUCUUCCAAUUUGGCCCGUCCAUUGAGCAGCAAGCCUCAGUAAUGCUGAACGUUAUGGAGGAGUACGACUGGUAUAUUUUUUCCAUUGUAACAAGUUACUUCCCGGGGUACCAGGAAUUUGUCAAUAAGAUUCGAAGCACCAUUGAGAACAGCUUUGUCGGUUGGGAGAUGGAGGAGGUCAUGUCUCUGGACGUUUCGAUGGACGACGGCGAGGUUAAGAUCCAGAACCAGCUGAAGAAGCUUCAGAGCCCAGUCAUCCUCCUGUUUUGCACUAAGGACGAGGCCACUUACAUUUUCCAAGUGGCUGAGUCCGUCGGCCUGACGGGCUAUGGUUACAUCUGGAUCGUGCCGAGCACUGUGACCGGGAAUACCGACAUCAUCCUGCCAGAGUUCCCCACGGGAUUAAUUUCUGUCUCCCACGACGAGUGGGAUUAUGGGCUCCCGGCCCGGGUCAGGGACGGAGUCGCCAUCAUCACCACGGCGGCUUCGAGCAUGUUGGAUGAACGGCGGGAGAUCAUGGAACCUAAAACCAGCUGCUACAGUGUGCAGGAAAGAAGGGCCCAUCAAUCAAACACUUUGCACAGAUACCUUAUGAAUGUAAGCUUUGAGGGAAGAAACCUCUCCUUCAGUGAAGACGGGUACCAGAUGCACCCCAAAUUAGUAAUCAUCCUACUGAACAAAGAACGGCUAUGGGAAAAGGUUGGGACGUGGGAGGCAAAAAGGCUGGCCAUGAAGUAUCACAUCUGGCCCCGGUACUACUUGUUCUCGGAGUCGGAAGAGGAAGACGACCACCUGAGCAUCGUCACGUUGGAGGAGGCGCCCUUCGUCAUUGUGGAGAACGUGGACUCUCUGAGCGGCACGUGUAUGAGGAACACGGUACCCUGCAGGAAGCACGUCAAACCCAUCAAUGAAAGCGAAGGAGGGAUCUACAUCAAGCGAUGCUGUAAAGGAUUUUGCAUUGACAUUUUGAAGAAAAUUGCCAAGUAUGUCAAGUUCACAUAUGAUUUGUAUCUGGUGACAAAUGGAAAGCACGGGAAGAAAAUUAAUGGGACGUGGAACGGACUGGUCGGAGAGGUUGUCCGGAAGCACGCACACAUGGCCGUGGGUUCCCUCACUAUCAACGAAGAACGCUCAGAGGUGAUAGACUUCUCGGUGCCUUUCAUUGAGACUGGGAUCAGUGUCAUGGUGUCACGGAGCAACGGGACGGUAUCACCCUCCGCAUUUCUGGAGCCCUUCAGCGCUGACGUCUGGGUGAUGAUGUUCGUGAUGCUUCUGAUUGUCUCAGCGGUCGCUGUCUUUGUCUUUGAAUACUUCAGCCCCGUGGGAUACAACCGGUGUCUGGCUGAUGGAAGGGAGCCUGGAGGUCCAUCUUUCACCAUCGGCAAAGCCAUCUGGCUGCUCUGGGGCCUCGUCUUCAACAACUCUGUGCCAGUCCAGAACCCCAAGGGCACCACCAGUAAGAUCAUGGUGUCGGUCUGGGCCUUUUUCGCUGUGAUCUUCUUGGCCAGUUACACGGCCAACCUGGCUGCCUUCAUGAUUCAAGAGGAGUACGUGGACCAAGUAUCAGGCCUCAGCGAUAAGAAGUUUCAGAGACCAAAUGAUUUUUCUCCUCCUUUUCGGUUCGGGACAGUUCCCAAUGGCAGCACAGAGAGAAACAUCCGUAACAAUUACCUCGAAAUGCACUCCUACAUGACUAAGUACAAUCAGAAAUCAGUGCUGGACGCACUAGUAAGCUUGAAGUCUGGGAAGUUGGACGCAUUCAUCUACGAUGCGGCAGUGCUGAACUACAUGGCCGGCAGGGACGAGGGCUGCAAGCUGGUCACCAUCGGCAGCGGCAAGGUGUUUGCCACCACUGGCUACGGCAUUGCAAUCCAGAAGAGCAGCGGCUGGAAGCGGGCGGUGGAUCUGGCCAUCCUGCAACUCUUCGGCGAUGGGGACAUGGAGGAGCUGGAGGCCAUGUGGCUGACUGGCAUCUGCCACAACGAGAAGAACGAGGUGAUGAGCAGCCAGCUGGACGUGGACAACAUGGCGGGCGUCUUCUACAUGCUGGGCGCUGCAAUGACGCUCAGCCUCCUCACCUUCAUCUGCGAGCACCUCUUCUUCUGGCAGCUGAGGCACUGCUUCAUGGGCGUCUGCACCGGCAAACCUGGCUUCCUGUUCUCAGUCAGCAGGGGUAUAUACAGCUGCAUCCACGGCGUUCCCAUCGAGGAUAAGCAGUCAUGCAUGGACUCACCGACGGCCACGGUGAACGACACGCAUUCCAACAUCAUGCGUCUGCUGAGGACAGCCAAGAGCAUGGCCAACCUGACGGGGGUGAACGGCACGCACUUCGGCUCGCCGCAGAGCGCGCUGGACUUCAUCGGGCACGACCCGUCGGUCUUCGACGUGUCCGAGCACCGGAGGAGCUUUGCCCACUCGGACUGCAAGUCCUACCAGCCGGACGACAACCUGUUCAGUGACUACAUCAGCGAGGUGGAGAGGACGUUCGGUAACCUCCACGCCAAGGACAACAACAGCAUCUACCAGGACCACUACCACCACCACCGGCCGCACAGUAUCGCCAGCACCAGCUCCUUGGACAUCCCCUACGACUGCGACAACGCCAUGUUUGGCACGCAAGGCCGGACCCUGCCGCGGAAGCCCUUUGAGAUCGGCUUGCCCCUGAAACACGCCCAGGGCCACCUGAGCGACAGCUACGACAACCACAAGUACCCGUUCAAGAACGACCGCUACGCCCACGACGACCUGAUCCGCUCCGACGUGUCGGACAUCUCCACCCACACGGUCACCUACGGCAACAUCGGCAACACCAAGCGCCGCAAGCAGUACAAGGACAGCCUGAAGAAGCGGCCGGCCUCGGCCAAGUCCCGCAAGGAGUUCGACGAGAUCGAGCUGGCGUACCGGCGGCGCGCCCACACCACGGACCGCAAGGGCCGCUUCUUCAACAAGGACAAGCUGCGCGACCUGUACCACGACCAGUUCCGCUGCGCCAAGGAUGGCCAGGCCCGCUGGCAGCACGUGGACCUGACCGAGCUGUACCAGGGGCACGGCGGCGGGGGCAUGGGGCCGGAAGACGAAUACGGCAAGUUCGAGGUGUCGCGCUUGGCCAGGCCCCACCACCUCCACUUGGCCGAGUUCGGCCCUGGCUCCGGGCAGCCCCAGGGCGGCAUGUGGGACAAGCCGGACUGGGCCGGGCAACAGGCCGAAGCCUACUGCCGCAACUGCCCGGCCAAGCUGCACAACUACAGUGGGCAGGGGGCUGCCAGGGGGGCCUGCCACUGGUGCGAGGCCUGCAAGAAGGCGGCCACGCUGUACGACAUCAGCGAGGACAACUCGCUGCAGGAGGCCGAGCUGUCGUCGGGGCCGGGCCCGCUCAAGUACCAGAGCCCCGGAGACUCGGCGAAGCUGGCACGCCGGGGGCGGAACAAGCUGAGGCGCCAGCACUCCUACGACACCUUCGUGGAUCUGCAGAAGGAGGAGAGCGUGGCCAUGGCUCCCCGUAGCGUCAGCCUCAAGGAGAAGGACCGCUUCCCCGAGGGCAGCCCCUACGCCCACAUGUUCGACCCUCUGGCCCCGGAGCCCCCCUUCAGCGGCAAGGCCCCCGUCCCCGAGCAUCGCAGCCUGAGCCGCUACACGCUCAGCAAGUCCCUCUACCCCGACCGGGUGACCCAGAACCCCUUCAUCCCCACCUUCGGAGACGACCAGUGCCUGCUGCACGGCACCAAGUCCCACUUCAAGCACCCGGCACCCCCCAUGGGACGGGCACCCUCCUCGGCAUCCGCCGUGCUGGGCUCCAGGUUCGCCAAGGACAUGUGCCUGGGCAGCCAGGCCGCCAACAUGUGCAUGGCCAACAACAAGACUGCCAGGGCCUUCAACGGCUCCAGCAACGGGCACGUGUACGAGAAGCUCUCCAGCAUCGAGUCGGACGUCUGAGAGGCCCGGGAGCUGCUCGGGACCUCCUGCCCUCUCUCGUCCACGCGCUGGAGAUCCAGAUCAGCUGUCCUUUUCUACUGUUUAGGUUUUUGAUCUUCAUCCAGAGCAUCAACAGUCUUUGUUUUUUGUUUUAUCCGCAGCGUCAUUAUGGCAGUGAAUUGGAAUCCACGAUGAACAUUAAGUCUGGUCCAAUACAACAUGGCAAAAAUUCUAAAUGCAUGUCAAUUGUAUCGUUACAUCGGGUGAUGCAUCUUUGUGUAGGGAUGACGAUUAUUAAUAGAGUACAUAUGCAUAUCAGUGCCAGUACUGUACAGUUUAAAACCUGUUUUAACCCACUUGCCACUUGAAGACCCUGCCUGGCCUUGAUCUGAAUGCCGGACAGGGCCCUCGAUGACCCUCAGCUGCAGACUUUAUUGCAGGCGUGGAGAUGGGUUGCAGCGAUAUGAUCUCAGAACGUCGGUGUGUGCGUGUGUGUUUGCGUGUGGGUGUGGGUGGGUGUGCCAAAUGUUUGCAUUCAUGCAUGUGUGUGUGCGUGUGUGGGUGUGCGCGCGUGUACAUCUGUGUGUGUAUGCAUAUAUACACACACCAUGACCAUUUACAUGUGUGUGUGUGUGUGUGUGUGUAUGUAUGUGCAUAUCUGUGUGUGUAUGCAUAUAUACACACACCAUGACCAUUUACAUGUGUGUGUGUGUGUGUGUGCAUAUCUGUGCGUGUAUGUAUAUAUACACACACCAUGACCAUUUACUUACAUGUGUGUGUGCGCGUGCAUAUAUA